AUGGCGGUAAUCUGGGGUCUCGACAUGAAGGAGAUGCAAUGGGGCAAGUUCAAGUCUGGCUACAUGUGGAACAACACGUAUCACAACCGCCGGACAAAGUUCAUCAUCUACCAACUCGCCAUGAUUCUCUGCGUUGUCAGUGAGAGUCUGGGAACGGCUGCGCUCUCUGACUACGUCGACCAGCAAAAGUUCGUCUCAAAGCUCGACCGCAACGUCAUGAUCCACAACAACAACUUCGUCGGCAUCGCAUCGUACAACAUCUUCGUUGGUAUCUUCGUCGCCACCAUUUUCGGUGCCGCCUUCUUCUUCGAUCUCUUCUGGCCUGAGCGACAAGAGUCGAGAGGCGUCAUCAACGCUUGGAAAGCUUGCUCAGUCUUUGCUUGCAUGCUUACGCUCUCCGACGCCCUUGCAUACACGUACAUCACCGCGAGCAAGAGUGCGCACCUUACCGGCACGGACUUCGAGCGCGGACAGGGCCUGUUGUCGCAGUUCAAGAAGGCCGGUGAGACUCCGCUCGCUUACAACAAGAAUGGGCGGGCGAUUGCUAGUGUUGUGUUUUUGUGGCCGGGCAUGAUCUUCACUUUUGUCAGCAAGUCGCCCUCUGUCGUCACCGCGUACAAGGACGGAACUCCAGUCCGAUCGGCUCCUCCCACAUACAAUUCCCAUGCCGGUCCUUCUUCCCGUGGCGGUCCUUCCAGUCGUCCCGGUCCCUGGACUCCUCGUCGGGAUUCGGAAUUGAACAAGCUGAAGAAGAAGCACAAAACAGACAUCAGCGUUGUCAGAGACGGACCCGCAGACCCACCUGCUCUCGGAAGGUGGGGAAGUGGGGGUGCUGUGCAUGGUCCUGUCGAAGAGACCCUUGUGGAGGAGACGCCUAUCGAGACGCUUAUAGAGCGGAAUAGGGCCGAAGUGCAGAGGAUGCUACAAGAGGGUGAUCCGGAUAGGGAUGAGAUGAUUAGGCAGCGUAGCGAGGAGUUACUGGACAAGAACAAGGAUUUCAUCAGCGAGAGACCGUUGAGUCCUCAGGAGUCUAGAUGA